AUUUCCCUACUCCCAUUUUAACCAUUUACACUUAUUUUUUAAUUAUAAAAUGAAGUGUAAGUGGACAAAAUUGGAGGGGGAAAUCACCACUCUUAAAUGAAGGUAACAAGUUAAGAACAUAAACAAUAAUGUGUCUGCAUUUAUAUUUAUUUAUAAGUUGCAGUGGAAGGAAUCUAAAACCAUUCUUCCAUCGUAUCUGUAACUUGACUUCUGGCACUAAUUCCUCCCACUUUCCAUGGUCAGAAUAUAAUUUAUUUUUUUCUGCUUUUUGAAAUUACCAACCAAUUUCUCCUUUAGGCAGGCACAUAUUCCAGCCUUUCACUUCCACCCAAAACUCUCAUAUAGUUGUCUAAUUUUAAUCAAUUGACCCCAAAAAACAGAAAGUUCUCUAAAUAGAAAAUGGUUUUAAUAAUAAGCCCAAGUGGGAGUAUUUUCAAUACAAUGGGCUUCAAAUGUCCACAAUCCAUCGUCACUUCAAGCCCAGGCCUAAAACCCCAACUUCCCCUACACAAAUCCGUCAACGGACUCGAAGAAAGAGAAGCAGCAUCACACAGAGAGAGAGAGAGAGACAUGGAAGACGAACACAGAGGGCAAAACAACAAGAAGACAGUGAUAAAAAUACCAUCUUUUCAAGAAGUUCUUGAGAGUUCACAGUCAAAAUCAACCCCACCGUCUCUGUUCACUCCUUCACAGAGCUUUUCUCAAGCCUUUGCCUUCGUCAAGUCCUCUGAGUUCUACUCGCCUCCUCCUCCCCCUGCCACCUCCUCGCAACUCCUACAGGCCUCAGACACCGGUAAUUCAAGUUCUGUGAUUCUCACACUUCUUUUCUGCAAAACUGGUCAAUCUGAUGUUCCAUCAUCAUCUGCUCCUACAAAUGCUGUUGCAUCAUCAUCAUCACCUGCUCAGCGUCGCAAUGCAAUUAUUGUGAGCCACAGACAGAAGGGAAAUCCCUUGCUCAAACAUAUUAGAAAUGUGAGAUGGGAGUUUGCAGAUAUUGUUUGCGACUACUUACUUGGGCAAAGCUCAUGUGCUCUCUAUAUAAGUCUUCGGUAUCAUCUGCUGCAUCCAGACUACCUAUAUUACCGUAUAAGAGAAUUGCAAAAGAAUUUCAAGCUUCGUGUUGUUCUUUGCCAUAUUGAUGUGGAGGAUGUAGUUAAGCCUUUACUUGAAGUUACUAAAACUGCUCUGCUUCAUGAAUGCACCCUAUUAUGUGGUUGGAGCUUGGAGGAAUGUGGUCGCUACUUGGAGACCAUAAAAGUUUAUGAAAACAAGCCUGCUGACAUUAUUCAAGGUCAAAUGGAUACAGACUAUUUAUCACGGCUAAAUCAUGCAUUAACAACAGUUCGACAUGUUAACAAGACUGAUGUUGUCACCCUUGGUACUACAUUUGGGUCUCUUUCUCAUAUCAUGGAUGUUUCGAUGGAAGAUCUAGCUCGUUGCCCUGGGAUUGGAGAGCGCAAGGUAAAGCGUUUGUAUGAUACAUUUCACGAACCAUUUAAGCGUGUGGUUGCCAGCUGUCCUGCUGUUCCAGAAACCUCUGCCCUAAGUAAUGCUGAACUUGGUUCAGUGGAUGAAGAUAAAGAAGUGGAGGAAACAGAAGAUGAAAGCAAACGCCGGAAGAAAGAACCAGAAUUGACUGUUAAGUCAGCCUUGUCUGUUGCCUUUUCCAAAUAUGCUGAUAAAGUUAAGAAAAAUAACAGCAAGACACAAAGAGAGGAAAAAGGAGAAACAAGUGCUGCCAUGGAAGCUGAAACUGAAAAGAGAUGAGAUCGAAGUGAUCAGUAACUUGUCCCAUUCUAUGCCAUUGGGAAGAAGAUGGCCAGCUUCAUAGACUAGUGCAUUAACAAGUUUAGUUGCUGUAGCUCUCUAUUUGUGGGUUACAGUUUUGUUUUUGAGAUCAUAAAAGAUCACGGUUAAGUUACACAGACGCUCUUCUUGUGUAUACAUCUUUGAAGUUGAGGGGUCUCUUUUGUAACUUGGGUUUAGCUGUAUCAAAUCUUUUAUUUUUAUUUCUUGUGAAACGAUCUUUUGGGUUAUGGGUAAGCCAAAUCCUAUGGGUAAUGAACUAUGGUUGCUUCAAUCAUACUUUAUGUUUUUGACUUGUAUAAUAAUCAUGUAAUAUUUGACUUGCA